UCACCACAUCCACCACAUCACCCUCCGCAACCAUCCCACCACCGUCGCAUGGCGCAUCACAGCAACCAUUGUGCCUGCUAGGCCCGCCUUGCGCGCGUCUAGUAAUCCACCGUUCUCUCGUCUCGAGGACGCGUUAUCAUCGGCUUCCGACGGAGGGGAGUGUUAUCGGCAGAGUCAGCAAGAGCAGGAUUACGCGCCAGGAGCUCGGGGGUUGCGCAAGGCGAAUGCACGCGUCGCAGACGGAUUACAAACGCUACUAGCUGGUAGAAGAAAGAGUAAUACACCUACUGCUACCCGGCGUGAACGAGCUACCAGCGGAAUCUCCACGCGAAGUAUACCUUACCCGGCGCAUUGAACAGCUAUAGUUGGAUCGGGUCGAGCAUCUCGAGAUGAAGUACCUUCCUCUUCGCAACCUGGAUACGGUGACGAACGCGUUGAACUUCUCAACUGCGGAGUACCAUGUCAUCGGAGGCUGCGACAUCUACACCACCAAAGCGGCGGGCGGCGACAAGAAGCUGUACAAGAACAUCGAAAACAGUCUAGAAGUCGAGUACGAGAACCUUGUGCGACUGUCGGCAUCGCUUAGUCCGCCGUACCGCACCGCAAGCGAGGAUGGCAAAGCCGGCGAAAAGGGCCGCCGCAGCAGCAGGAGCAAGCGUGGCCAUUCGGUCAGCGUGCCCGAGAUCGAUCUCUCGCGCGCAUCGCCAUUUGGACCGUUGAGCUCCAUCACUUCGCGCCGGACAUUUGCUUAUGUGAUCGCCACCCUGAACGCAUCACACCCGGACUACGACUUCUCGCACGCGCUCAAACCCGCGGACUUCCACAAGGAGAAGAGCCUGCGCUCUGUCAUGCUCAAUGUCGACAGCACACUGCACAAUCUCCGCCCGAAAGUGAUCCCCUACUCCCCGAACACCUAUCUCGCCCCACCUUCCGCGAUUCUAUCGAACUCGGCCUUGUUACUUAACAGCUCGGGCACGGAGGUCUGGAGUCCGAAGAUGUGGGCUUUGAUCAACGAGGAAAUGGACCUGACGCAGUGCGAGAAAUACUCCUUCACGCCGGAAGACGAGCUGUUUGACGGCGAGGCGGGCGCGAUCUGGAGCAUGCACUACUUCUUCUUCAACAAGGAGAAGAAGCGGGUGUGCUACUUUUACGUGCGAGGCUUGAGCGUCAUCAGCCACUCACCAGUCUUCACCCCUGGGUUCCCCGUCAAAAGGCCGAAGCGGAGUCAACGCCAAGCGAGCGGCGUGUCGAUUGGAGAAGGCGCUGGAAAACGCGCAAGUUACUGGCUGGGCUCACGCCAGGGCAUCGACACCGACAGCUACGGCGACGAUGACGACGACGAAAUGAUCGUCGAUCCAGCCGAUGACGAGGUCGAAGUGCCAUACAUGGACCUGGACGAAAUUCGGAGCUCGCUCACCGAAGGCUACUAUCCGCACGAAGGCGCGGAGGAGUACGACGAGUUCAACGAUGGAUACCUGGACGAAGGGUGGACGGCACAUGGUAGUGUGGGACACGUGCGCGGGAUGAGCGAGGAACUCGGGGACUUGCUGGAGUUGUGAUGGGCUGUCGUCAAUGCUCGGCUUUGCUUUGUGGAAUCCUGCGGGAAGGGGGGAGAGGCGUUUAUGGCAUGGUGGGAAUGGUAUGGCGUGGAACGGAAGACGGGGUGUCGGGGCUAAUGAAUGGGUUCUAAUGAUUUGCUCAAGCAUGGCGUUUCAGCGGGCUGGUGGCGCGGCUUGCUUGCCAUGGCGUUGAGCUGUAUGUGUAGUUUGAUCGAUACCCGGCUUUUUCCUACUUUUCCUUAGCUGCUGAGGAAGAACAUAUCCGAUUUUA